CUCUGCAAUGUCUUCGGAAUGAGAUAGUCUUGUGAUAAAUCAAGACGAGAGACGGCAUAUACUGCCUUUUUCGAAACAAAUAUGGUAAAAAAUGUGUAGAGUUUAUUUGCAAGUUCCAAUACUGUAAGUCUGGAUUUGAUUUAUAAUUACAGAAGCUGUGGAAAUUCGACAGAAAUUGCAAUUAUUGUUGACACCAAAAAUGGUCUGGCUUCAGCCUUCUCCAGCUUCACUUUGUUGACGGGACCAAAAAACAUUGACAUACAAUGAUGCUAGUCGUGAACUGUUGUCUGUGCAGUAAAGCAAAAUAGGCUAAACAGUUUUAAUAGAUAUAUUUAGAGUGGACCACUCAAAGUAUCACCAUGUUCAAGAAAAGCCACAGUCGGUCCUCAAGUCGCUCUGAUAAUUCUGAGUUUGAUAUUCCAAUUGGAAAAAUGCAGCCAGCUAAACAGGCACUGCAGCAGACUGGUACUGGAGGAGGAAGUGUUAAAUUAUCUCGAUCUAGAACAUCAUCUGAGGGAGGAUCACAGAAUUCUGGUAGCUACAGGCCCUACCAAUCAUCCAGCCUGACAAGAACAGUAAAUCCAAUGAAUUAUCCGUUAGACAAUUUAACAGCUCUUAGUAUGGCACUAAGUGGAAAUUCACCAUAUUCUGCUGAAAAUCUGGCUCUACCUGGACGGCAAAAUGUUCAUGUGAAGUCAGCCUCUUCAAAUAGUUCUCCAUCAAACCAUGGUGGAAGAACAAGCAGUUUACAAAAUGUUUCGAGCAGAGAUAGAUCAUUAGAAAGAUUAGAACGAGAAUAUCUAAUGAUGGCGGACCGGGCGGACAGAUCAUUAGAUAGACAUGGUGGCUUAGAAAGAAUGCAAUUGGUUUCCCGUGAUGGUAGCACAACCAGUCUAAUUGACACCAGACGAGGUUAUAAUCCUGGUCAUGGUCGAGAUCGGUCCCUUGAUCGUGAAUAUCCUCAUAUGGGAGCAAGAUCUUUAGAGCGGGAUCACCAUAUUACUAGCCGUUCUCGUUCAUCUGAUCGCGGUGAAUAUGACCCAAUGUCUUCUUCAAUAAUGAGUGGCAAUUUGUCUCCACAAGAAUAUAGAAACUCUUUCAUGUUCGAUCUUCAAGUACAAAUAACAGAACUACAUAAAGAAUGUUCAAAACUUCAAAAAGAGCUGGAUGCAACUAAUGCUAAGCUGUGCUCCAGUAUGAACAGCAUAAAAACGUUUUGGAGCCCUGAAUUGAAAAAAGAAAGAACCAUUCGAAAAGAUGAAACUGCAAGAUAUGUUUUAUUAAAUGAACAGUACAGGGUUGCUCAAGCUGAAUUACAGAGAAAACAUGAAAUCAUCAGACAGUUGGAGAACCAAACAAAUGGUGACAUCCAUCUGUCUAUUACGGAAACUUCUAGUCAAGAUUCUGAUUCUCUCGGUCAAGAUAAAGACAAACAAGCUAAAGAAAUCCUCAUUCUUCGUAAAACAGUGGAUGAAAUGGAACUACGUAUAGAAACCCAGAAACAAACUCUAUCAGCUCGGGAUGAAAGUAUAAAGAAGUUAUUAGAAAUGUUACAAUCUAAAGGACUGUCUGUCAAAACAUUUGAUGAUAAUAGAAAAGAGGUUGAUCAACUUCGUGCUAAAAUGCUUGAGGGAGAAAAAAUGAUUAAACAUUUAGAAAGUAAUUUAGAACGAAGAGAAAGUGAAUUAUCUAAACUAAAAGAGAGUAAUGGUAACCCAUCAGACAGUGGUGUUAGUUUAUCAAAUAGUACUGAUAAUACACAUACUAUGCAAGCUAUGAUAGAAGCCAAGGAUUCACGUAUAGCUGUAUUAGAACAAGAAGUACAAGCUGUAGAAGAUAGAUUAUUAAAGAUGCAAGAAGAAACAUUAAUUGUUGACAGAAGAGAUGGAACGUUAACCAAAGAUCCACAAAGUACCAAAGAAAAGGAAUUAAGAGCAGAGUUAGAAAGGGUGCGUAAUAAAUUGAGUGAAAGAGAAACAAAAUUAGAAGGUUUAAGGUUAAAGGUGGAGACGAGUCAAAGACAGCAAGCAGAAAAAGAACAAUAUGUUGCUGUUUUAAAAGAACAAAUUUCUGCUAAAGAACUACAUUCUAGUAUGUUACAAGCUGAUAUUGAAGAUCUGAAGGAUAGAGUGAAGGAUAAAGAAGGAACAAUUGAAAGAAAAAGUCGACAAUCACAAUCCUUUAAUAAAGACAAGAGAAAAUUAGAAUCUGAUAUUUUAGAACUUAAAGAUCAGAUGGAUGUAAAGGAAAGAAAAAUAAAUGUUUUAAAUAGAAAGGUGGAGAAUUUAGAAUUGAGUAAUAAAGAAAAGGAUGAACAAUUAGAUUUAGCGAAGUCUCGUAACCUAGCCAUAUUUACUGAUUCUAGUAAUGAUAGUACAAUCUCAGGACUAGAAGAAUCUCUAGCAGAAAAAGACAAACAAAUUGAAAAGUUAAAAGAACAGAGAGAUCAGGUACAUAAAGAGCAUCAUGAAGAAACAGAACAGUUUAGUAAAAAUAUGCAAGAGUUAAAAUCACAAAUAGAAAAAUUACAGCAAGAACUUAACAGUAAACAGACAGAGUUGUGUGAACUACGUGAAGAGGUAACAGAAUUAAAAUCUGAGAAAUUUCAAUGUGAGUCUAAGAUUAGACAGUUAGAAGCAGAACUGACACAGAAAAAAGAAGAAGUGGAUAAACUAAAUAAACAAUCAGAUGAGGGUAACCAAGAAGUACACAGUAAAGAACAAACUGAAACAUCCGAAAAACAUUUGAUGCAGCUUCAAGGUUCCAUAGAACAGCAUCAGAGUGAGGCUCUAAGAGCCCAAAAAGAGGUUGAGCGUCUGACUGCUGAGUUAAAGAAGACUGAAACAGAGCAAACAGAAAAAGAUGAGAAAAUCAAAGACUUAAAUGAAAUUGUGAAAGAAUAUAAAACAAAAAUGGGAACAUUGAAGAGAAAUCAACAAUCUGAGAAAAAAAAGAAUGCCCAGUUAUUAGAAGAAGCAUGGAAACGUGAAGUUGGCUUAAAUGAGGAUUCAUCACAAUUGUUGAGUGAAGUAGAUGUCAAAGCAAACCGUAUAGAAGAAUUAGAAGAAGCAUUACGAGAAAGUGUCAGAAUAACGGCUGAAAGAGAAAUGGAUAUGGCCGAACAACAACAACAUUUGGAGGAAACCAAGACCAAAGUAAAUGAAUUGAAAGCUGAAAUUGAAGGUUUACGUCAUGGUACAGCUGAUCAUAAUGGUAAAAUCUCUAGUUUAAAUAAAUUACUGGAAGAAAAAGAUGUGAAAUUACGUAAAUUACAAGCAGAAAGAUUUAAACAUUUAGAAGAAGUAUUUGAAAUGAAACAGGAAGCCAUUCAAGCUGCCAUCAGUGAAAAAGAUGCAAAUAUAGCGUUAUUAGAAAUGACAAGUACAAAAACAAAGAGGAAUACAGAAGAAAUAGGACGGUUGAAUAAAGAAAAAGAAAAAUUACAACAGCAAUUGAAGGAUGUGACACAAAAUAGAAUAAAGUUAGCAAGUAAAGAUGAUAAAGGCAAAGAACGCAAAAAAUUACUUCCACAAAAGUUGCAAAAAUUUGAGAAAGCUGAUCCCUACCAGUUGACAGCUCCAGACCCGUCAUUGUUAGAAUCCUAGUAUUAAUCCCUGGUUUACCUUCCCAUGUUUUUAAUUUAGAUACAUUUGUGAAUUCUCAUUACUAAAGCAAGUAGUUGACCUUCCAGGAAACCCAUUGUGUCUCAACAGAAAUGCCUGUAGCUGUGACAAGGCUGAUAUAAAUUGUAAUGGACGAUGUUCCACCAGGCACAAAUACAAAUUUAUUGGCUUUAAAGUAUUUAGCCUAUAAUAUAGAGUACCCAUGCCUUGGACCAUCUGCUCUCUGCUAUUACAUCUUGAGUUACAAACACUUGGUAAGAUGAAAAUGGGUUACUUGAAAUAGAAGUUGACAUGUCCAUUUACAACCAGCUUUAUGUAUGUUUCAUUUGUAAAUUUGAUUUCAAGUCUCCAUUUUCAUUAUUUAUAAUAACAUGAGGGCUAUAAUUAAUCCAAGUAAUAACUUAUAUUGGGUUUCUGACACACCAAAGAAUUUGAAAAAUAUCCUAUCUUCCUUACUUAGGAAAUUGCUUUCAUUAUUCAGAAAAACGGAGAAAAGAUUCUAAGCGAGGAAGAUAUAUCUGUAGUGAAGAAGAUCGUAUUUUUAUUCUAGCGUAUUUGGGUAAUAAUUUGUAUAUUGAGCAAUCUCCAGAAAAUCCAGACACCCAUGUUGUUGUUAAUCAGGGUUUUUAAUUGCUAUGUUUUUGUAUUAAACUUUGUGAGAAACAUGCAAUGUUCUGUUUGAUAUUAUAAGUGGUAUUAUUAUUAUACUAAAUCAUUUAAUUGUAGUUGGUGAUAUUACUGUGCUGUGUACGUACAUGUAUAUUUGAAACAUUGAAUUUACUAAUCGAAAUUGAUAAUGUUCAUAAAAAUCAUAUGUUAUAGUUGAAAAUUAAAUAUCAACCGAAUUUGUCCACAAAACUAGUCAUUAAAAAAACAUAUUCUUCAUUUAGUGCUUGUUUUAUUUUAGUCAAAUUGGACCUCUUUGGUUAUAGAUUCCCAUAUUUGUUGCAUCCCUCAGGAGAUCAAUGUUGAAUGAUAAUAGUGCUGAGUGCCGUUUACACACAACCUUUUUCAAUUUAAUAGGGAUUCUGCAAUGUAUUAAGGAAUAAUAAAUCAUGUCUGUAGAAUUCUUUUAUUGUUAUGAAUGUAUCUUGUUUUAUAUAUUGUCCAGUUCUGAUUCUGAUCAGACAUAUGUUGCACUGCCUUAGGCUGAACAGAAAAAAUAUUCUUGGUUCUUAUAAUAGUUUCUCAAAGGAUGUUUUGGUAAUGUGAAAAACAAUAAACAGUGGUAAAGAUGAACUGUGGACACCAGAGAUACAAGACACAUAUUUGAAAAUAUAAAUAUCUUCACCGCUGAAGAACCAAGAUUAUUUUUACAGCCACAUCUGAACUUUGUAUAAUUGUGUUAUCUUUAUAGGAAUAAAAGUUCUAGUAAAAUAUAUCUUGUGUAGAUCUGAAAAUGAUCAUAAUAUCUAUCAUAAUGACAUAUAUUCAUAAUCUGUUACAUCAGUAUAUGCUUCUUAUUAUAUAAAACAAUAAGUAUUCUAGUAACAUCUUAAAUAUCUAUAUCCUUCAUAUAUGUAGAGUUUAACUAAGUCAGUGUUAAUAAUGUAAUCGUAGAUUAACAUAAUAGUAUGUUGAUUAAUAUAUAGUAUGUUUAAAGACAAAAUAAUUGAAUUAUGUCUGUGCAUUGAAAUAUAACCAACCCUCAUAUACUACAUUGUUGCCAAAAGUAGUUUGUAAAAUAUAAAUUGAUUAGUAAAUAAACUGUCAGUAGAAGUGCAACUCAAUAAAUAAGUUCUAUUUAAAUGUUAGUGAUAAAUAUAUAUGUAUUUAUAUGUAUAUUGUGUAUAUAGAAUAUUUAUACUAGUAGAAAGCAUAGUACACAAUUUUUCAUCUUGCCAAUUCACUGGUGUAGAAACAUUUUAGACUAGAUGCAUUUACUAGCAUUAUAUAUCUUUCUAAUAUUUUAUAUAUAUAUUUGAUAACAAACUAAGUCAUUAGUUAAUAUGUUGUUGUUUUUUUCUUUCUGUAAUACUUGUGUCUUUCAUAUUAGUAAGCCCACUAUUAGUUUUAAUAAUGUAAGUCUUUAUAAAAACAUUUCAUUGAAAUGGGUAAGACUCUAUUGAGCUUUACAUUCUUUUUACCGGUAAUCUGGCUUGCAUCAAACGCCGGAAUUGAGUGCUUUACUGAAUGCAAGGCAUACAUAGAAAUAAGAACUAUAACAGUGAAGAAGAUAUGUUUUAUAGAUAAGGGGCCUCGUUGACAAAAACUUAAAUUCCACAGAAUGGAUUGUUAGCACAUCAUAAUUAACUAAUUGAUCUUAAAUUUUGGGUAGGGUCUAAUUUGAACAGUCCCGAUAGGACUAGCCAAAUCACAUGAAAUGGAAGAAUGACACAGUGCUAGCUACCGGUACCUUUAAAUUACAGAAUGCUAAUUAAUCAUUAAGUUCCAAUGAAUUUUAAGGGAUUUACAUUGUGAAUUAGACCUCUGGUUUACAUACAGUGUAAAGAAAUUUCCUAAUAUUAAAAGCUCAUUAGUUUAACAUAUAGAAUUUCUAGAGUUAUAUUAGUGCAAUCUAAAUGUAAGCAUACUAUAGUAUUAGUAAUAUAAAGUUGUUUUAUACUCACAAUUUUAGCUCAAUAUAUUUAAAACGUAGUGCCAAUUGACUGUUACAUAUAUUUUCUUGUGAUAUGGUAAUAUCAAACUCUAAAUAAAACAUUUAUCUUGCACGAGAAUUCAUCACAUAUUUUUAAAUAAACACUUAUUUCAUCUUUUAUUUUAAUGACCUCUUAUGUAUUUAUGUUUAAUUGUGUGAAUUGUAUCUAAUAUAUUGUUUUCAGUAUUAAUAUGUGUUUUAUUGUUUUUCAACAAAGAGUUAAUAAAUAUUUGAUAUUUUAUAUUGAAUGAAUUUAUUCCCAAAACAAAUAGGAAUGAAAAAUCUUGAAUACUUUUAAUUCUUUGUCAGUGUAAUAUUUAGUCAUUUUUUUUUUGUUCUACCCUUGCCAUAAUAAAACUUACGGAACUAUACAUUGCUUUCGUGGUAGGUGAAGUUGUACUUUAUAGUGUUUACCAAUAUCUUUUCGAUUUAAUUCUACAUGUAAGUUUUAAUUUUUUCUAAUAGAAAGUCCUACACACACACACCAAUGAUUGGUUUUUUUAGCAUUUUUCAUCACAAAAAAUUAUUGGUCUGCAUUUUAUACAAUCCAACAGAUUGUCCCCAAUGUGCUGACAAACUAUGUGGGUUACUUAGUAUAUUUCCAAAUGUACACUUUGAUUACAGAGAUAGUUUGUUUCGGUCUUUGAUGGAUGCCCUAACCAUUGUCAUAACACUGACAGCAAUAGGGCAUUGUUUUGCAUGACAUUCCUAGGUAGACAUGUCUGAAAUUAGUGUGGUGCACACUGCACGGUUUGUCGGACAAGAUUGCCAGCUGCAAGAAAUUGGGCUGUCAGUGACAAAUAACCCUUGGUGUGCGUAUUCCUAAAAGGACAAUGUUGGUGUCCGCCAUUAUCACAUACGAGGUAUGUAAUAGAACUGGUUAAACACAUACAAAUACAAUUGUAACACAGAGUUCAUUGCUACGGUAGAUGCGUAACAAAGAUUUGAAUAAACAGGAAGUGAUGCAAUGAUCUCUGUGUUAAAAUUAUAUUUGGAAUGUGCUUAACCAGUUCUAUUACAUAUGUAAUAAUGGCUGACACCAACAUUGUACUUUAAGAGCAGUGCAUGUAACCCUGUUUAUUAAAUUGUGAAUGUGCUAUCCUUUAUUGGCCUAGUAAUAAUUUAUUGGUUUAUAUACCCAUGGGUUGAUAUUUUAAAACUUUUUUCAGCUCAACUUCUAUUUCCUCUUCAUUUAUCUUUAAAUUGUUUAACCCAAUCUAGUGUAGGCUAGCCCACUUUGAAGAGUCAAACUGUUCCUCUGCUCUGGACAAUAACCUCUACAUUAAUUUAUUAACACCAUAAUAAACUAAUUAAAUGCAAUAACUAGCAUAAUCAUGCUUCCUUCGUUAUAAAAGGAAAUACUUAGUAUGUUCAAAAAAUAUAUAUUUGUGAAUAAUUCAUAAUAAUAUUAAUAAUAAUAAAUGUCUUAUAUAGCGCUACAUUAUGUCCAAUGGUCAUUUCUAAGCAUCUAAUAAUGGUCUAUUACAUCUAAUGUCAUUACCAGCCCAAUGUUUUAUAUUAAGCUAUGGGUUUUUCUAUUGACUGAUAUUUUAAAUUUUAAUUGAGAAAUACUAUAAUUAGAAACUGCUUCUCAUGUUAAUUAAUGUUGUAUGGUAUUUCUAUUUGCUAAUGUUAUUUUAUUGGUCACAGUGUUACCUAAGGAAUAAUUACAUGUAGUUAUAAUAUUAACAAUUGAUUGAUAUUAAUGUUUCUAGUGCUGGUCUCUAUGUAUUUAAAGCGAUAAUAUGUAUUUAUACUAUUGCUGCUAUGUAUAAAAGACAAAUAUGAUAAUGUUGCAUGAUAUACAUAAAUAAAACAACAGUAUAAUAUGUCAAUAAACAUACAUACUGUAACAAUAA